CUCUUGCUUGUGCUUGUAGUGCAGUCCUUUUUCCUCGGGUAUUUUGAGAAAUGUCCGCGUCGCAAACCAUCAUUUUGAACGCAAUGAAUUAAAGCGUGUAGGUAGAGUUAAAAGUAGUAUACUGCUCCGUAUAGUGCAAGCACCAGGCUUAACUGAUUCUCUUCUGUAAUUCGACUCACGAUAAUAUGUCAUGCCCUGCAAUUGCUUGGCGGUUAUACAGUAUAGAGUACAGUAGAAUGUGCUCUAUACAAAUUCCUUGUGACUCAGCAUCGCUUGCGGAAGGUUGAUUUCGGAAAAUGAUUUCGAAAAUUCAUCCUAGUUUCGUUACAAAAAUUGGGCACGGCAUCCGACAUACGUGCAAAACUGAGUCAUGUGCGAAGCUUAACUUUUAUAAAACUUCAUUUUAACUUCCGCGGGUUUUACAUCUUUUUGCCGUAUGUUUUGAACGUCCUUUAUUUUAAGAUCUAGCAUUACAAUUAAAAGCCUCGUGUUUAGUUUAGGAAUAAUAAACGACUGGACUCUCUUAUAUUUUUAAAAUAGGUUUAUUUUUCUGGGUUUUCGGGCUGUAAGUUAUGGCGUGUUAUAUGAAAGCAAACAUUUCCUAAAUUUCAUGCUAUGUCACGUCACGAAGCAAUUUUCACUUUAAUUUGGAAAUGAUAUAUUGUUGCCAUUUGAUCUCGUGAAAAUCAAGUCGGACAUCCAGUCACGAGCUUGAGACCAGUGACAACGGCCGUAGUGAUUGCCGGUCAGCUGCAUAAUUGAGCGCAUGCGUUGUACGGCUUCGUGUUCUUGUUGCCAACGAAACAAGAUCUUUGUAAACGAUCAAGCAAGAAAUCUAUUUUGAAAAGUUGAAAUCUUUAAAAAGCACAGUCUUAGUCAGUUUUUUAGACAGUAGAAGAAAGCCUUUUACUCAUGGAAGACUCAGCACAAGAUUUUGCCAAGUUAGAGUUGGUUUCAACGAUAGGAUUUGCCGGUAAGCUACAUUUUUAAAAUCAUUUUUAUAUAAUUUUGUGUUGUGGCUUUAAUUUGGUUGCAACAUUUGAUAAUGAGAGAAAAUGGGAAUAAAGUUAAUCAUUUUCUGUAUAUGUAGUAGUCUUACAUUCGCUGGCAAAUAAGUAUAAAAUUAAGAGAUUUGGUUUUAUUUUCUUCCUAAGAAAAUUCCUACGAAAUUCUUUCUAAAAACUCAAGAUCCUGUGUAUUCCUGCAUGUUCAUAUUACACUCGAAGCUAUCCUAUCACUUAUAUUUAUUGUGUUUCCAUUUUGUUUUUGUAAUUGCCUUUGCAAAUCCAAAAAUGGAUCUGAUAAUCAGAAAUUGGCAUCGUCCUUGCAUCCCCUUUCCCAAAGUUACGAGGUGUGUGUGGGGUGCACCCAUUCCCCCCUCCCCCAGUAAAUCCAUUGCUGUAUCCCCUACCCAAACUAAGCUAUCAUGUCUUGUCGGUAACCGGUCGUUUCGCCAACGAGUCGUUUCGCCAACUGUUAGUUCGCCAACGUCUCUGGUCGAUUCGCCAACGUUUCCUCACGUUCUUAUGUCAGUUCGCCAACGCAACGUUUAAUCAUGGAUUGUAAAAUAAACAAUCUAUGGUUUACAAUUAUUUUACAAUCCAUGGUCAUUUAAUAGUUCACGUCUUUAUAAUGUGAAACCAUGAAACACAAACAAUGUUUGUAGAAACUAUGUUGCAUGGAACGUUGGCGAUCAAAAGCGUCACCAGCCGUGUUUAACCUUGGUUAUUGUUCUAUGCUCUAUUGUGGAAUUUUGUUAGUGCAGAGUAUGGUUAAUCUUUGUAUUGUUGUUUGAAAACUCUUCAGUUGUGUUACUUGAAUGGUAUAUCAUAUGCAUAAAAACUUUCACAUUUCGUGAGUUUAAGGCCCUACGAAAAAUUACUUGUUUAGCGUCUGCUGAUUAAACCUGUUUUACACCGUCUAAAAAUAAAUAUCGGGAGAAUUCGCUAUUUCGGUUAUUCUCUACAAACAUUAAUAGAUUUAUAUAUCCAUGUAUGAACUAUGUAACGUUGGCGAACUGACAUAAGAACGUGAGGAAACGUUGGCGAAUCGACCCGAGACGUUGGCGAACUGACAGUUGGCGAAACGACUCGUUGGCGAAACGACCGCAAUUCGUCUUGUCACUUUUAAGGUUGCGUCCCUGGUGGACUGAUCGUACAUCCUGAUCAACACCAUAUCAUCUACUCUGUCGGCAACACCAUAAUUGUCCAACACAUUGUCAGCAACAAGCAGAGAUUCCUUGUCGGCCAUACGGACAACAUCUCGUGCAUCGCUGUGUCAAAGAGCGGCCGAUACAUAGCCUCGGGUCAGGUGACGCACAUGGGAUUCAAAGCCGAUGUUAUCGUCUGGGAUUACGAGACAUGCUCUAAGUACUGUUUGCUGACCUUGCAUAAAGUGAAAGUUGAGGCUCUGGCAUUCUCGCCAAAUGAUAAAUAUUUGGUCUCGCUUGGAGGACAAGAUGAUAACAGGUAUAAAGACUAGCUUGAUAGUCUGGCUGUCUGCCUUGUUAGGUGACAAGACAUUCCGAAUUUUAGGCAUGCUUAACUGAGAGUAGUAAUCCUAGCUGCAUUAAGUACCGGAUAUGCAAUAAAGUGUAAUAUAUUGUAAAACACCACUUUUCCAUUUUACAAUUAUGACAUCAUAGGGCCCCUGGAAAAGUUUUGCUUCCAAUUUGUGAUUGUGAUUUUUUGGUUCAGGUGGUUUGGAAAUUUUGACAAGCACUGUGUAAAAUAUAUGUGUCCAAUCGUGCCAUUUUAAGAGGGAAAGCCAUAACUUGAGUGUGUGGUUUUGUACUAUUUCAGAGACAAAGUGCAUGAACUUGAAACUGAGUGAAAAUAUUGCAUUAAGCCAGGUGCAUGCAAUGCAAUUUUAACCAGCCGAUUAUAGUCUGCCGAUUAAUGAAAUAUUUGCACAUAUUGCGAGAAAUUAUGACUGGGUGAAAAUUAGUACCACACGAAUGUAAACACAAGUAAGGAUCCUUUAAAGCAACACCAAAAGAAAGAUUGUAAUAUUUCCAUGUAUAGUGUUGUAAUAUGGAACAUCGACAAGAAAGAAGCAAUCUGUGGUGCACCGGCUGCAGUACCCAGUUCAGGAACAUCGUAUGUUGUUGCAUUCUCUAACCAUAAUGACGAACUCUUCGUCACUGGUGGAAAGUAAGUCCACAUUCAUCUUUUUAUUAUACUGUAUUUUAUUACACCUGGAUUUCAUCAAAGUUGCAAUGCACCAUACUUUGUUAUUUAACUCUGGCUAUUCAUAUACACACAAGAAGGUAAACUUGUCAAGGAAAACUUGUUGACCGUACACACAAGAAGGUAAACUUUGUCAGGAAAUUGUGCUCCUCUGUACAGGGCUUUGGUGUGAAACGGUGAUGAAACUGGUAUUAGACAGAGUAAAAUAAUAAAGUAUGGUGUAUUUCAGCUUAAUUGGGUUAAGAGUUGACACCAAAGCCUCCCUUGUCUUUAUUCUUUAAGCAAUCAUAUAAUUCAAAUAUUCAAUGUUAAAUGAAGAAUAUUUUUUCAUUCUUAGCAAAACGUUAAGAGUUUGGGAGUUAGAUCUUCCCAAUCGCAAGAUCCGACCAACAGACUGCAACAUGGGACAACUCAAGAGAAUAAUAAAGUGUAUAAAGGUAGUCCAACACAGCGUGUUUCCAACAUAAUCUUUUACUUAGGGUGGAUGGGGGGGGGGAGCAAAUCCCCAUUAGAUAUCUUGGGAGGGGAGUGGGGGGUGGCAGACCCCCCAAAAAUUAAUGCAAGGAGUUGAAUUUGAACAAAAAAUAUUCAUGCAUGAACAUUCAGGGAAAUAAACACAGCUUUCAGACCGUAAAAAUAUUCGACAAAGCUCCAAACGAAAUUUGUAAACAAAAUUUCCCCUGUUUCCAAUAGUCCAGUUUGAGUCGUGUUUUAAACUACUAUUGCAGAAGAUUUUAAUUAAUUUUGUAAUUUGGCAUGGUCAAAUGAAAUACUUAUUUACAGGUUGCAGAAGAUGAUCAAUCGUUUUACUGUGGGACAACAAGCGGCGAUAUUUUAGAGGUACAGUAAGUUACUGCUUGGAACAAGAAAUUAGUUGCAUCAUGAGAGCUUUUUUAACGCCCGUGGCUUGCUGAAAGGAGAACAGUUGACAAGCGAGAAUUUGCGUCAGAGUAUUCUCAAAAUCUCGUCGUUCGGACAAACGAGAACAAGAGUUGCAAAAAGGUCAAACGAAAACAAGAGUUGUCCUAGUUCAAACGAAAACAAGAGUUGCAUGAGAGUUGAUGAGAGUUGAGAAGCGAGAGUUUGCAUGAGAGUUUUCUCAACUCUCAUACCCGGUCAAACGAGAACAAGAGUUGCAUGAGAGUUGAUAAGCGAGAGUUUUUGUAUGAGAGUUUUCUCAACUUUCAUGCCCCGGUCAAACGAGAACAAGAAUUGAAAGAGAGUUGGUAUACUGUAUAUGAUACGAUAUGAUACCAAUGAUACGUUCAUGAUAUUGAAGGAAAUAAAGCGCGGAGUUAUAAAAGCCGCACUUUGCGUUCUAGGUGAACAUGAAGACACGACUGUUCCGUCAUUACGGUCCACAGAAAGAGAAAUUCAGCCUGGGUAUUCAGGCCUUACAGAUACUCAAGACAGGUGACGUAUUGGUCGGCGCUGGGGACGGUACUGUCGCGUUGUUAAAGAGUCAGACGUAUAAACGAAUCAGGUAUACAAUAUUAUAUAUUUUAAGUUUUGAUCUACAUGUAUAGCCCAUAGGUGGGCAAAAUAAAAUUUUAAGAUGAACAGACUUAUCAUUAUACUUCAGAUAUUACUUUCUCGCAGUUCAGACUUCAGACCUGGAAAUAUUUGAUAUUUGUCUUAAGCCUCCUACAGACGAACUCUCUUUUAAGGUCUGUCGUAGUUUAAUGUGUAGAAAAACUUUAGCACAUUUCCUGGAGUAAAGGAGCUACUAAAUCUCUUGGUGUUGACAUAGCAAUGAACAAAAAAUUCCCCAUUCUGAGGUACCAGGGUCUUUUUGGGAAAGACCAUGGUAUUGUUUGGUCACGUGACUGGGUACGAGGUUGAAAAUCCCCAGGUCGUCUUUGAUCAUGUUUCUAGAUGCGUGUUUGUAUUGUACAUGUAGGACGGCAAAAGUUGAUGGAGGUGUGACGUCAUUGACAUUACGUGGAGCUGGUCAUCAGGUAUGGUACUGUGAUACAGUCUAGUACCCAGGCCUCUACAUUAAAGACGUGCUGAGCGACGCGCAAUCCUGGAUCACCCCUAAGCUUGUAUUUUUUGUAACAGUCUUGUACUGUUUUCUGUUAGUUUUUCGUAGGCACGCAGAUAUCUCAAAUGUACCGGUUUAACUUGAGUGAAUUCUCAAGUGAACUCAUCAACACAUGUCACUAUGAGAAAGUCUACGAUAUCGUGUUUCCAUAGUAAGUGCUAUAAACCUUUCCUUGAAUGUUUUUUGUAAUGUAUAAAAUUAUUUUUACGCAUGAAAGAAACACAGGCAAACAAAUAAACAAGCCACAAACUGACAGACAAAUAAAUAAACAAACAACAAACAAACUGACAGACAAACAAAUAAAUAAAUAAACAGGCAGACAGACAGACAGACAGACAGACAGACAGACAGACAGACAGACAGACAGACAGACAGACAGACAGACAGACAGACAGACAGACAGACAGACAAAUAGACAGACAGACAGACAGACAGACAGACAAAUAGACAGACAAAUAGACAGACAGACAGACAAAUAGACAAACAAAAAACCCUGGAAACUAACAAAUAACCAAGCAACAAACAGACACACUGCUCACAGUUAAGUGUUAGUCGGAUUAAGUUAGAUUUGUUGUCUCAUUGUAAACCCUACCUAUUGGAGUAAUGUUUAAUCGUCCCUCAGGCGAUAUAAAACUGAUAUCGCCUCGCCCCUGAUACGAUAACCUAUGCUUACAUAUAUUUUCUAUAUAGUGGAUAUUCUGAUGUAUUCAUAACGUCUUCCAAGAAUGAUAUACGUGUCUGGAACACUAACACCAGCAAAGAAUUAUUGAGAAUAACUGUGCCUAAUAUGGACUGUAAUGCCGUGGCUGUCACUGUCGACGGCAAAUCUAUUAUUAGCGGUAGGUCGCAUUUACUCUUGUAGCUCAGAAAGCAGGGACGCUUCGUACUAGCUGAACUUUGAUAGAGCUAUCCAGUAGAAGUAAAGAUAAUUUGGUUUAGGUUUGUUUCUGUAGUAACACUGGAUCAAUAAGAGAUGAUCCUUACUGGACCUUUAGGAAGAACAGUUUAGAACUUAGGGAGCUAUUCAGUAUAAAUAAAGUUAGUUUAGUCUAGGUUUCCUGCUGUAGUAACACUGGAUCAAUAAAAGAUGAUCCUUACUGGACCUCUAGGGAGAACAGUUUAGAACUGAUAGAUCUAUCCAGUAUAAAUAAAGUUAGUUUAGUUUAGGUUUCCUCCUGUAGUAACACUGGAUCAAUAAGAGAUGAUCCUUACUGGACCUCUAGGGAGAACAGUUUAGAACUGAUAGAGCUAUCCAGUAUAAAUAAAGUUAGUUUAGGUUUCCUCCUGUAGUAACAUUGGAUCAAUAAAGGAUGAUCCUUACUGGACCUCUAGGGAGAACAGUUUAGAACUGAUAGAGCUAUCCAGUAUAAAUAAAGUUAGUUUAGUUUAGGUUUCCUCCAGUAGUAACACUGGAUCAAUAAGAGAUGAUCCGUACUGGACCUCUAGGAAGAACAGUUUAGAACUGAUAGAGCUAUCCAGUAUAAAUAAAGUUAGUUCAGUUUAGGUUUCUUCCUGUAGUAAGUAUGUAACACUGGAUCAAUAAGAGACUAAAGAGAGCAAGAACAAUUUGGAACUGAGAGAGCUAUCCAGUAUUAAUAAAGUUAGUUCCAUGUAGUUUAGUUUAAACCCGUUGUCAUUUAGGUUGGAGUGACAACAAGAUUCGUGCAUACUCCCCACAAAGCGGCAAACUGAUCUACACCAUCAACGAUGCUCAUAACAAGGGCGUGACUGCCAUAGCAACCACCAAUGAUGGGCGACAUUUGAUCAGUGGGGGAGGGGAGGGGCAGGUUCGUGUUUGGUCAGUCUCUGCAGUCAAACAUAAGAUGGAAGAAGCCAUGAAGGAACACAAAGGUAACUAUACCUCGCCUGCACAUGUUCAGACUAAAUUUUGAUCUAAACAAGUCUAAACAAUAAUUUCAUCACAGCUUGAAAGCGCAUCACAAAAUUAGUAAUAUUCCAAAGUUUCGUUGCGAAAUGUUGUAAAAUGCAGAUAAUAUUGCCUUGCGAAGUUUGCCGUUUUUCAGUCAUUUUGUAUUACAAACGGGAAAUGCAAAAUGACUGAAAAACGGCAAACUUCGCAAGGCUAUAUUCGCAUUUUACAACAUUUCGCAACGAAACUUUGGAAUAUUACUAAUUUGUGAUGCUCUUUCAAGCUGUGAUGAAAUUUUUGUCUAGACUUGUUUAGAUCAAAAUUCAGUCUAUAAUGCAAAUGGUCCAUUGUAAACAUUUUUUCUUUAGCACUUCGGAAAGGUGAAAAAUAAACUAUAUCAUACUUUGAUUUCCAGGCUCUGUGACGUGCAUCAAGGUUCGCAAGAAUGAUGAAGAGGUAAGGACGUGCUUAACUAUCCUUUUGUAUUAAGCCCAAGUAAAUACACGAGAGUUUCUCAUCGUUCUUCCUCAUCCGUGGCUCGACCAAAUCUUUCACCGUCUCUUAUCACGUGGCUGCGAAAUUAGAAAGCCAUGGAGUGAUGCUACCUCACCAAACGAUAAGGAGGUAGCUCCAAAUUCAAAACUUAGUUGAAUUGAGAAUUCAGCAGUUACAGGCCAACUACAAAAAUCAUAUGAAGUGGAGCUACCUUUCUUAACCUCGAGUUAUUGCAACCUCCUGCCCAGUUGUUGAGCAGUUCACUCCUCUGCUGCUUCUCAAAACAAUCAAUCCCUAAUUCAACAAAACAAUCUUUUACAACAUUCCCAUACAUUCAUGUUUCUACUCAUACUGACUUAAACAAUCCAUCACGAUCUAUUUAACAAGAUCUACUUUGCGAUAACAGAUACGUCCGCUGACGUUGAACAAGUCAAAUUAAAGAUACGAUCCAAUUAACUUUAGGAAUGCAAGUUCAGUACUUUCCAAAAAAUGUUCUUGAUAACAUAACAAUAUAAAUUUAACUAAUCUAAUAUAAACAAGACGCCUACUCAGGCGUUCACUCCGGGUACAGGGCCUUAACUAAGCGCAAAGCUACUUUAACGUAUGCUUCUAUACGGCAAUGAAGGUAUCUUUAAUGCAUGAUAUUUAGCAUAUUAAAGUUGGAAAAGUGGGAGAACCACACCACUUGACCAGGUGACUAAAAACAUAUGCAAUGAUCAUAAUAUUUUAUAGCAUAAAAAUAAAAGGACAUUGUGACACUAAUUAUCUCUAAUAAAAGCUAUCUAGUUCUUUAUUAAAAGUUCUAUUUAAAACAUGCGUAGGAGUGUUUUUUCAAGUCGUAUAUAAUAAGUCGGAGGCCGUAUUUUACAAAUAUUUUAUGUUUUUUUUUAUUGUCGAGGGUAGAAAUUCGAGGGUAAAAAGCUUGAGGGUACAUUUUAAUAAUUUAACAAAAUAAUAAUUUAAGUUCGUGUUCACUUACUUUACUUUUAAUUUUUAGCUCUUAUUUUUAUAUGCAAUUAUUAAUUUUUUAUAUGCGAUUACUUUUUAUAUGACGAAAUAUUACUACAUAAAAAUAGACAUGCCGAUCAAAAGCGACAGUCGAGAUAUUUUCAAACGGCGUGGUGCAUUAUCUGCGUUAUCUCGGAUUGCAUGUCGCAAAUCAUUGUAUCAGUCUAUAUGGUCUAUUGAAUCAAAGUAAUCAGGACUUGUUUACACCUUUCCAUUGCCAUACGCCUUUUCCGGGUUCGCGACGCCAUCUUCAAAGUAUUGUUUUCGCUAUUGUGCUUGCCCCACUUGCAAAUUUACCUAUUGGCAAUGCCCGCAAAUUUCUACCCUCGACAAUAAAAACCAUAAAAUAUUUUAGAAAUACGACCCCGGACUUUUUAUAUAUGACCCUCGACUUUUUAUAUAUGAUUUUUCGACCCUCGCUUCCCACCCUCGACCCUCGAGAAGAACUCCUGAAACUGAAUUACUAAAAAUAGCUAACGUAAACAAACCACAUUUAUCAAACACGCAAAGAAAAUUAUUUAAAAAGUAAUAUAUUGUUAGUCGUGUCAUAUAGUUAAUUGUCAACACUUUUUCAAUGCAUGGUAGUAAGUUUAUAACUGGCACCAAGUUAUGUUGAUAUUUUGUUUAUAUAAACAGAUUGAUUGUUUUAAUUUGUAAGGCUUCUGUAAGUUUGUUAUUAUCAAACGUUUAGAUUGUUCUAGUAAUGAUUUUACUUUAAGACCAAGACAAUGCAGCUGUCGAGACCGAUUUUUAAUACUCUAUAAAUAAAACAUUAAACUGUGUAAUAGAAGUAAUAGUGUUGGGUAAAGCUAUCUAUAGUUAUAUAUAUUUUAUACGCGCUUUUGUCUAAUUCAAGCGUGGUAGACAAUAUUGCCAAUAUUGUUGUGGUUUGCGAUAUAAAUUGCCUCGCGAAUCGAAGACUUUCAGAUAUGUCAUAUGUCGAAUAGAUUUGUGCGUUGUUUGUACUUCAAUUUUGGCCACGAGGCACAAAUUAGGGAGACUUAAAGAACACGAGUGACGAGUGUUAACACAAUUUAACUACGUACAGUGUUGACAAAAUUAAAAAAUACCGGGCCAACGUCAGUAACGAACCAAGCCAGUUGUCGAUCAGAAUUAGCUUUCCAAUAACGGCAACCGCUACUAAACACGCGAGAAAGUCUCGAAUUUCGAUUUGUAUUUAUAUGAACUGUGGUCAUUGUAUAAGAACGAGUGUAUGAGAACCCCUCCAUUUGAUAAUAUUUACUGUAAAUAGAACUAAAUACAUUGUAAACACAACGCUCGCUCCGAUCUACUACGAAUGGCGGCUAUUUUUAGAUAUUUCGUAUUUUUGUAGUGCGUUGCGUGCGUUGCGUACGGUGCACCUGUGGAAGUGCACACUUGCGUCGCCUAAGAAAAAAGAUUGGCCAUUUUAAUACUCCGGUACUUACAGUACCCGGAGUAAAUAUAUGCCACCAGUUGCUGGCUGACAACUCCAAAAAUCAUGUGGAGCUCGCCAGUUAUAUAAGCUUGGAGUUAAGGCUAAGCUCUCAUUAAUUUAAACUGGUUUCAAUAUUUUGUUAUAGUGUGUGACAGCCAGUACUGAUGGAAGUUGUAUCAUAUGGGACUUAAAGUAAGAAUAAUGAAUGAACCAAAUGAGAUUUCAAACACUCAUUAAUAAUUCAUAAGCUUAGUGAAACGCAAGAACUCCCUUUUCAAAUGCCAGAACUCCCUUUUCAAAUACCAGAACUCCCUUUUCAAAUGCCAGAACUAGAUCGGAAGAGCCAGAACUCCCUUUUCAAAGGCCAGAACUCCCUUUUCAAAUGCCAGAACUCCCUUUUCAAAUACCAGAAGUCCCUUUUCAAAUGCCAAAAGUCCCUUUUCAAAUGCCAAAACUCCCUUUUCAAAUGCCAGAACUUGGUUUUCAAAUGGCAGAAUUUAAUGUGAAAGUUUUUUAAAGUAAAAUGUUAACACGGUAAGUUGUUAUUUUAUAAAACAAUUACUUUAUGGUUUCCGUGUUUGGAUGGCCUGAUCCAAACACUUGGGAAUGUUGCUCGAGUGAUUUCGCGCGCUUUUCUUAACUCUCGCAACAUUCCCGUGUGUUUGGAUCAGGCCAUCCAAACACGGAAACCUUAAAGCAUUCUUCAUUUCUUCAUGGUAGACGUUUUGUUCGAAAUCAAGUGAUCUUUGCCAACACUUUAUUCAAAGCGAUCUGCUAUCGACCUGACGAAUGUCAGAUUAUCACGGCGGGCACGGAUAGGAAGGUAUGUACUACUUUGAAAGAACAUGCGCAAACGAAGGGUAGGUUUAUGUAAGGUACGAUUCUGUUUUAGAUUGCUUACUGGGAGACAUUUGAUGGUUCUCAAAUCCGUGAACUGGACGGAUCAAAAUCUGGUUCUAUCGAGGGGUUGGAUAUUUCUUCUCUUGGUGACUAUCUUGUCACUGGGGGUGCGGAUAAACUUAUCAAGGUAUAUCUUGUUUGAGCAAGCAAAAUUUAGAACUGAUAGAGCGGUGUAAAUAAAUUAGUUUAGUUUAGGUUUCCUCCAGUAGGAACACCGGAUCAAUAAGAGACGAUCUUUACUGGACCUCUACAGGGAGAAUUAACAGUUUAGAACUGAUAGAGCUAAUAUCCAGGACAAAUAAAGUUAGUUUAGUUUAGGUUUCCUCCUGUAGUAACACUGGAUCAAUAAAAGAUUACCCUUACUGGACCUCUGGGGAGAACAGUUUAGAACUGAUAGAGCUAUUCAGUAUAAAUAAAAUGAGUUUAGUUUAGAUUUCCUCCUGUAGUAACAUUGUAUCUGAAUAAGAGAAGACUCUUACUGGACCUCAAGGAAAACAGUUUAGAAUUGAUAGAGCUAUCCAGUAUAAAUAAAGCUAGUUUAGUUUAGAUUUCCUCCUGUAGUAACACUGUAUCUGAAUAACCUGAACCUCAAGGGAGAACAGUUUAGAACUGGUACUGAUAGAGCUAUCCAUGCGGUAUAAAUAAAGUUAGUUUAGUUUAAGUUUCCUCCUGUAGUAAUACUGGAUCAAUAAGAGAUGAUCCUUACUGGACCUUUAACAACCAUACCUGAAAAUAUAAACAGAACGUCGACGUUUCUAGCACAGGCCCUUCGUUGCAUGGGAACUUCCCAAACGUAUAAAUGUCGUUAGUUUGAUUGUGUUUAUCUGAAAACAACCAACGUUCCCUCUAUAGGUUUGGAAAUAUGAAGAGGGAGCUAUCACUCACGUUGGUGAAGGCCACAGUGGUGACAUCACGCGACUAAAGAUUUGUCCAAACAGGCAAUGGAUUAUCAGUGUCAGUGCAGACGGUGCUAUUCUUCGCUGGAAAUAUCCUUUUUAAAAAAUUCUUGAACUAUGCCAUGUGAUUGUAUAUAUUAAAUACUGUAACUUUAAAACUAAUAUAUAAUGAAACUAAUGUAUAUUUUAUGUUCAGCAUUAAUAUAUAUAUAUGCUGUGUUCCAAACUAAUAUAUAUUUUUUAAUGAACUAAACGUAGGUUUAACGGAGCGUAGAUUAUGUUUAUGCACUGUAGUUUAAUUAUAGUGUUUAUUAGGUGAAUUGCUCGCUAUGAAUUGAAUUAAAAUUUACUCCUACUUAUAAUCUGGAAUGGUUCAAUAAGUUCGUAUAGUAGUAUAUAACUAUACGGAGGAAGAGUUAGUUACUUUCUUAAACUCAUAAAUAAUCAAUAUAGCAUUUGUAAAUUCUGAACGCUGAUUGGGUAAGAGCCGUGUUGAUAUAACUCAUAUUGGAAAAUUUCUUCCUUUUAUUUCUUUGUGCUAUAUUAUAAAACAAAUAUAAAACAUUUUUUCCGUAUUGAUAUAUAGUUAUCAACAUUCGUGGAAAUUGGAAAAACUCGAAAUUGUGUUCCCAAUUGUGUUCGAAAUCGUUUUCCCAAUUUCCACUCGUGUUGAUAUAACUGUAUAUCAACACAGAAAAUGUUUUAUAUUUGUUAAAUAUAAUUUAUAUAAGCAAACCGCAAUGCAAAACAGCACUCUAGCGUUAUAUGAACGGUAAUAAACGAUGAUCCAUAAAUGUCCAUAAGUUCUCUUUAAAUAUAGCCUAUAAGUAGCAGGCUCUAAUUUAGGGCCCUAUACUCCAAAACAUACAAAAGGUUAAAAUUACCAGAGUGUCAAUGAGUAAAGACUCGGAUUUAGGCCUUAUUCAAAGGUCACACAAACAAAGGCUGAACCUACUGUAGUGUAAAUUAAUGCCCUAAUCUCAAGUACUGUGCAUUGAUCAGGAAUCCCGCGCAAAUCGGGUCAUUUGACUCUGGUCGCGUGAGUAUGCCACGGUGCGAUAAAUCGCGUACUUACAUACCGGAUUACCGGAGGUAGGCCAAUAUUACGGUCUGGUACUUCUUUGUUUUCAAGCAAGUAGGUACGCGGAACUCUUGCUAUCUGCUAUAUUCAAUUCCAUAAUUUAGUCCGUAUAUGUGUGAGUCUGACAUAUCUUGGCAUGAAACAUGAUUGGACUGAUGGCACUAAGAAACGUUGGAGUCGAUUGUUUGUAUAUACAAUUGUGCUCCUUUUUCUAACUCGUAUUUUGAACAUACUUUUCAGAAACCUGUACUUUAUGUAUUUUAUUUGAAAGACUAAGUACACAUUGAAUAUUAGGUUUGUAUUAGCGCAAGUGCGCGGCAAUAAUCAUUGGUAUACCAGCCAGGUAUGACUAAAAGUGUUGAAUUAUCGCACCCUGUAAUCCUGUAUGUGAUUUUUAAAAUGUACAAUUUGCUAAUUGGAAAAUCGUGCUUGCACUACCAAGCCUUCUGUAAUGGUGCGUAACACCCCAUGAUUUGCAGGAUUCCAGAUCUAUGCAUUGAGUUAGGUGCACACAAAGGUUAGGUUAUCAUUUCACAUGGUCGACAUUUACAUUUAAGAUUCUAUCUAGUUGGAAUUUACAAUUUAUAUUUCAUAAUAUGAAGUUCAAAGAAAGUUUUUGAUGUCAGUAUUUAGCCCCAUGCUUGUGUCUUGCAGUAAUACAGAACUAGCUUGCCAUCAGCACCAAAACACUACAAAAGAAUUUGAUUUUAUCAUUGUUAGUUAACCUUU